AUGGAAGGAUCAGACACUGACGCAGUAACCAAGGUACAGGAAAAAGAAGAUGCUUUUGGAAAUACGUCAAGUGUGGAGAGAAAUGAAACUGAAGUAAAAGAUGAAGAAGAAAUUGUCAAAUUGUGGCGUCAGGUGGACGGUAAAUUAGAGGACCGUGCAAAAGCUCGUAACAGGACAGCUAUAAGCGUCAAGUCUUUACUUCAUCAUUUGAUUAAAAAUCCUGAUAUGAUUUCCAAAGUUAUGGAUCUAGAUGAAGAACCCGAUACACCUAAUUUGAAACUCACGCGUUCAAAACUGAAGCAGCUACAAUGCACAAAUGAGGUUUCACCAUUGCUGAUUGAGAAUGAUACUGUUGCUGUCCCUCGGACUGAACGGACAUUUUUGAACAUUGAUUACGGUCAAGACGAGGAAGAUGAGGAUGACGACUACAGGCCGGAGCAGGCAGUAGAAAGUAAUAAAGAGGAAGAAGAGGAUGAAACUGAAGAUAUGUACGACGAAGCAGAUAUUGCAGACAGUACUGAGGAGGAACUAUUGAAUAUUAGGGAAGAAUGUGAAGAAACAGAGACUCAGAGAGAUAACCUUAUGGAAAAGGAUGAUCAGUUAAAUAUACGUACAAGAUCUCGGACACGGAAUGUAGAAAUUGAAUGUUUAGAAGACGAUGCCAUAGUCAGUGAAAACGACGUUCUUCUUUAUUCCGCUGUGGAUGAUCCGGAUUAUAUGACAUUUAUAAGUACACUAAAAGACCCGGAGCUCAGACUUGAUUUUGAUGAAAAAGAUGAUCCGGAAUAUGAGUUGAUGGCAGAUGAGCUUGACUGUGAAGUUGAAAAAGAUGAACUAAGGAUGGAUCGUGACACAAAAAUCCCAAGUAGGCACUUUUUGAUCCAAUUUUGCGGUUUCUAUUAUUUCCCAGAAGGUGUUGGUUCAGCGGUUGCUAAAAGGCAAGAGUAUUGCAUGCGGGAAGUUGAAGAUCUUUUUGAGGAUCUGCUUGGGUCACAUGUUAAUACUUCGUUGACUUCUUACGGUUUAGAAAUACCAACCAGCAAUACAGAGACGAAAACAUCCGAACUUGAAGUGGUUUUAAGUGCUGAUCAUGUCCCAAAAUGCGAAAAAUUGAAUUUUCCAAAAUUUGACGACCACAUAAUUGCUUUAAUUGAUACCACUCCUGAAGUUGUAGAAAAAAUUGCUGUUUCUGCUUGCCUUAUUGGGACUUCAAAACAAAACCCUCCCAGUUUUACAGAAUUUGAGCGUGCGCAGCUUCGUUCGCAGUUGAUGAAACAUGUGCAGUUGUUAACUCAGUUUGUCGUUGGUUGUCAGUUUGAACCAGAACUUGGGAACGCCCGAGAUUCUUACCAAGAAAUGAUUGUGCGCAUUAAUGCUUUAUAUGAUUUACGAGAGAAGUCUUCCGAGCAGUCAAUGUUUUGCAUCCCGAAUCUGGAUGCUUGCGUCAUAAGUUGCCACGAUGCACGCUCUUUCAACGAAGAGGAGACAGUUCGACUGCAGGACACGCCUUCCUAUUAUCGUUUCUUUACUGUCCCAGAAGAGCACCUUCUUGCUUUAGGAGUUUACGAGUUUUCGCAUAGGGCAGAACAAGGAAAAGUUACUUUGGUUUUUAAGCCGGAAACUUGUGACGGCGCGCAAGAAGGACCUCCUUACUCGUGGACUGAAGAGCUUCUUCCGAAGUGGUUAAAGGCAUACCAGAAAGAGAUUGCGAUGGUUAUUAAUCGUUCUUUGCCUGGUGUGACAGUGAACAGUGCAAGCCAAAAGAGCUUCACUCAUCUCUAUGUUCAACCUGCUAGCUCCAGAACUGAUAAUUCUUCGUCAGCCCAAUCCACUAUGGAAGCAACACUUUGA